GACCGGUCAACCGAGGUUCAUUUUCCCGGAGUGUUCCCCCUAGGCGGAGCACCAGGCGAUUUUAGGAUAAUGUGGAAGGGAUUUAGUCACCGGGGCUUGAGGGCUCAAGACUUCAGAGUCACUUGGAGAAGUUGGCCAAACUUGAGCUGCAACAGGAUCUCCCGUAGAUCACGAUCAGGCAUGACUUUUCAACUUCAACCUCUGCGUUGCUGAAAUCUGGUCCUGAAAGUCCUGAACAGUAAGGUGGAUUGUUGUUUUGUUGGGUUUAUGAAAUAGCGGUUUAACCCUUUGCCGGAAAAUGUUGCCAAGACACUUUGGAGACCUUCUGAUUUUCAAAAAGGAGUGACCGUAGGUGUGCCCGCUUCUCAACUUGCUUUUCCAAAAUGUGCGCCUAAAAAACGUUCAGAUCUGACAUUGAGGAUGGAUAGUAUUCGUAACAGAGUUGGGAAGUCCUGAAGAACUUUUUAUAUUCCACAUACUCUGGGACGUCCCCGUUCAAACAUGCGCAGUACCCCUGGCUGGGUACAGAAUGCGGAGCUUUAUUUCAACCGAUGGCAAGUGGAGAGGUGCCCAUGGUGUGUGACUAUCAACUGCAUAUGCCGGCAAAGAGCUGGAGGAGCGACUGCGGUCCGUGUCCAGUGUCGAUGAACUCAUGACCGUACUCUACCCAGAAUAUUGGAAAAUGUACAAGUGUCAGUUAAGGAAAGGCGGCUGGCAACAUAAUAAAGAACAGCCCAACAUCAAUGCAAGAACAGAAGACACUGUAAAAUUUGCUGCAGCACAUUAUAAUGCGGAGAUCUUGAAAAGUAUCGACAGCGAGUGGAGGAAGACUCAGUGCCUGCCGCGUGAGGUGUGUAUAGAUGUGGGGAAGGAGUUCGGAGCGGCAACAAACACCUUCUUUAAACCCCCGUGUGUGUCCGCCUACAGAUGUGGAGGCUGCUGCAACAGUGAGGGCCAGCAGUGCAUGAACACCAGCACCAGCUACCUCAGCAAGACGUUGUUUGAAAUUACAGUGCCUCUCUCUCAAGGCCCCAAACCAGUAACAAUCAGUUUUGCCAAUCACACUUCCUGCCGAUGCAUGUCUAAACUGGACGUUUACAGACAAGUUCAUUCAAUUAUUAGACGUUCCCUGCCAGCAACACCACCACAGUGCCAGGCUGCAAACAAGACUUGCCCCACAAACUACAUCUGGAAUGAUCACCUGUGCAGGUGCCUGGCUCAGCAAGAUUUUAUUUUUCCUUCUAAUUCUGGGGAAGACUCUACAGAUGGAUCCCAUGACAUCUGUGGACCCAACAAGGAGCUUGAUGAAGAGACGUGUCAGUGUGUCUGCAGAGGGGGGCUCCGGCCUUCCGGCUGUGGACCCCACAAAGAACUAGACAGAAACUCAUGCCAGUGUGUCUGUAAAAACAAACUUUUACCCAACUCAUGUGGGGCCAACAGAGAAUUUGAUGAAGACACGUGCCAGUGCGUAUGUAAAAGAACCUGUCCAAGGAGUCAGCCCCUAAACCCUGGAAAAUGUGCCUGUGAGUGUACGGAAAAUUCACAGAAAUGCUUCUUAAAAGGAAAGAAAUUCCAACACCAAACAUGCAGUUGUUACAGACGACCGUGUACGAAUCGACUGAAGCCUUGUGAACAAGGACUUACAUUUAGUGAGGAAGUGUGUCGCUGUGUCCCUUCGUACUGGAAAAGACCACACGUGAACUAAGGCUGCGCUCUUUUCCAACUUGUCACCUGGCGAUCUUGGAAGACCGUGUUGCCACGCUCGAACUGUCCGUGAACAGAGAGACCUUUGUGGGACCCUGUGGACCAAGACAAGUCAGGGUUCGCUGGACUGUGUGGACAACUUUACAGAAAUGGACUGGAGCUCACCUGCAAAAGACCUCUUUUCAAUGACUGGUUUUCUACCAAGGACCAAACAGCUGAGGUUUUUCUCUUGUGAUUUAAAAAAAAAAAAAUAAUAAUGACUAUAUAAUUUAUUUCCACUAAAAAGAUUGUUUCUGCAUUCAUUUUUAUAGCAAUAACAAUUGGUAAAGCUCACUGUGAUCAAUAUUUUUAUAUCAUGCCAAAUAUGUUUAAAAUAAAACGAAAGCUGUAUUAUAAA